AUCGUUUCGCCCAGUCAAGUCCGCCAACUGUUUCCGCCAGAACACCACCGACAGAUACACAGAGUCAGGCACAUACUAUCUGAAGGUGCUCCAAUUGAAAAUAAAGCAAGUGGCCAAGUCUAGGCGAGAAAAUCCAGGAUGAUGGAUUUCAACCCGCGCACGAGCCAGCAAUUCCGCGCUGGCGGGAUGAAUUCAAACUAUCGAGGCACGGGCACCGGUCGAAAGAAGGAAGAAGACAGCGACUCAUUUAUGAGAUUACCCGACAAAGAAAUCGCCGGUUGUAUCAGCGACAUUGGUGUCCCAUUUACACCAGCAGAUCUACAAAAGCCGAAUCCACAGCAAAUUCAAAUGGUGUUCGAAUGGUUCGCGGAGCUGCUCAUGAACAUUACUCGCGACACGGUGGAUCCGGCAAUGAAGGCUGCCUCGGAAGACAUUUGCGGCGAGUUUGGAGACGUGAUACCGGGCGAAACGCGCAGCUUGAUGGCAUUUUUCAUCAGCCUGAGGAAGCUGAUGCUCGAGUGCGGGAUCACCGACUUUUCCUUUCAAGAUCUCUUCAAGCCCACACACGACCGACUCGUCAAGAUAUUUUCCUAUGUGAUCAACUUUGUUCGGUUCCGCGAAUCCCAGACAUCCACCAUCGACGAACACUUCAACAAGUCCGAACGCACAAAGGCGCGAAUUGAAACGCUGUUCCGCGAGAAUGAAGAAAUGGAAGGGCGACUUGCCGAGAUGCGCCGCAAUCGGAAAGGCAUGGAAGCCGAGGUCAAGGAGAAAAUGCGCCGAAACGACGAGCUCAAGACCCGCCUGCUCGAGCUGCGCAAGGGACAAGAGCGAGUCGCUGAGCGUCUGGAGCGCGUGCGUGGCGAUAAAGGCCGAUUGACCAAUGCGCUGGAAGAAAAGACCGCCAUGGCCAUCAACGUGCGUCACGAGUCGGCCAAGCUGAAACCAUAUGUGCUGCAAUCGCCUGCUGCCCUGCAAGCGUCGCUGGCAGAUCUCUCGAACAGCCUCGCGGCAGAUAAGGCGCAGAUUGACGGACUCGAUCGACGCACGCGCGCGUUGCAGACAUCCACAGAUACGUUUGGAGUCGUGGCCAAUGACGUGGCCGCGUGUAUCAAACUCCUCGAGGAACUCUCCGUCGAGCUGCACCGCGAGGAGGAAGAAGCCCAAAAGGCAGCCCGCCACAGAGACGCCCUCUCCGAGCGCGGCAACAAUGUGCGCGAGGUCGAGCGCACCGAACAUCUCCUCAACCGACAACUCCAGCGGUGGAACGAACGCACCGAAGCCCUCAGGCAAGGAAGUAGAGAAAAGGCCCGCCAGGCCAAAGAACGUAUGGAGGAGCUCCGAAAGGUCCAUCGCGAAUUGACGGAAGAGAGGGGAGAAAAGGGGCGCGACAUGGAACGACGAAGAGUCAGGAUUGAACAGACUGAGAAGAAGAUGGCCGAUCUCAAAGAGAAUAUCGAAAACGAAAUUCAUUCUGCAUACGACCAGUACCUCAAACUCGACUCGCAUAUCAAGCUCUACAUUACCGAAAUGGAACAGUCGAUUGUCUGAGUCUUUGUUUCAGGAUCGUCAUGUGUGUGCAUCAAGUACUCUUCGUCAAAAUAUGUCUGUCAAGUACUUGAGACACAAUUGUGAAUUAAGUACUCUUCGUCAUAUUUAUGUGUUGAGUAAUAACAAAGUGCAAGGCCGGGAGAUAUUGGCGUUUAUUGGUACGAGUAUCGGAUAUUUGAUAUGAGUGGGCCGGGCCGGGCCGGCCGGGGUCGGGUUCUUCUCUUUUUUUUUUUUCUCUUUUUUUUCUAAACUUGAUUUUUGUUGUUGUUCGAUGUUGUUAAAUGAUCGUUGUUGGUCGUUGGUCGUUGGCUGGUGUUUGUUGUUAUCAUACCCUGGAAUUUACACUGCAGGUUGGAUUUGUUGGGUUGUUUCGGUAUGUUAUUAUUUUAUUUUCGAGACGUA